CAGUGCAGUAGUGUACACAGUGAACGUGUGUGUUGUUUGUACUGAAUUUUUUUAUGUAGUGAUCAAGGAAAAAUAACCAAUACAAUGGCUACCACGAUGGAGGCGUCUCAGUCCCUCAUCCAGUCUGAGUCCAGGGUGCACUACCAGGAAGUGGUGACGGAAACGAGGCAAGUGAAGAAGAAGAGCAAGUCCAGGCGGCAUAAGGAUGAGGGAUCCAUAUCGGUGUCGAAGAGUUCAGAGAAGUUGUGCAAGAAGAUGAAAGCGGAUAACGAGAACCCGACCUGUGCAAAAUGUUCCCGGCCCGUGUACGCCAUGGAGCGCAUCAAGGCUGAAAAACGAGCCUGGCACAAGGAGUGCUUCCGUUGUGUGCAGUGCAACAAGCAACUUACAGUGGAGACGUACCAGAGCGACCACACAACUUUAUAUUGCAAGCCGCAUUUCAAACACCUGUUUGAACCUAAACCUGUGGACGGUGACGAUGAAAUGGAUGCUGCACCUAAGAAGCAUCAAAUGAUUAUCUGUGAAAGUCAACCGGUUGAGCUGCCCCCAGAUGUCGUUAGAGCAUCUGACAAACCGGACCUAGGUCUCGAAGAGCUGGCCUCGCUGGACGUGAAGUCCAGGUUCGAAGUGUUCGAGCGCAAGGCGAAGGAGGAGGAGCCCGUCACUCUGGAGCCCCGGGCGCCGCGGGAGAAGAGCACCGCUCUCCUCUCUAAGUUGGCCAAAUUCAAAGCGAAGGGUAUGGACAUCGGUGUGUCUGAUGAAUACCUCAACGGAGUCCAAGUGGAGCGGAGCUCGAGCGAAGCGGAAGAUGAAGACGAGGACUCGGUGCUGAAGAAGUCGUACGCGCACAACUCGACGCGCGAGCAGACGUCUCUGUGCGACAUGAGCGAGCUGGUGGGGCGCUUCGAGCGCGGCCCCCCCUCCGCCGCGCGACACCACCAGCGCAAGCAGGAGAUCCAGAACAUCCGCAGCCGACUGUUCCUGGGAAAGCAAGCUAAGAUCAAGGAAAUGUACGAGCAGUCGGUGAUGCAGUGCGAACAGGGUGUAACUUCAUCAGACAAGAUAGCUCGGGAGCUGGACCUGGACUCUGAGAAGGCACGAGCUAUCAAACAGCGAUUCGAAAACGGAGAGAUCUUCAAUGAUGAGAAUCAACCUCCGAAGAACAGGGAAGUUGACGAUCCGACACUGUUCAAUGAAGGUAUAGCAAAAAAAUCCCGAUCAAUUUUCUUAGAAUUGGACGCGAAUGCGAAACACAUGGCGCCUCUGUCUCCGCCGGCUCAAGAACCGCCCAAGCGGAAAGAAAUCCCAUUUGUACCGAAAGACGUCGUGCGUGCCGGCGACAAGUUGGAAGACGUGAAGAUAGAAACUGCUGAUAUAUCGGAUCGGUUCAAGUUCUUCGAGACUUACAAGCCUGAGACCAAGCGUAAGGAGUUCCGCAUGACGCCGCCGAGACAGCCGCAGCGGCCGCGGUCGCCGUCGCCGGAGCCCUACCACGAGCCGGGCGUGGUGCGCUGCGAGGAGGGCGCCGCCGACGCCGGCCUCGCCGCCACCCGCCAGACCGCCUCGCGCAUGAUCUCCGUGUUCCGCCAGAUGGAGGAGCGCCGCGAGCGCCCCGACGACCAGCUCGGCCCCAAGCCGCUGAAGCGCUUCACGCCGCCGCCGGCCGACGAGGCGCGCCGCUCGUCGUCGUCGGAGGGCAGCGACGAGGACGACGACAGCGACUGCGAGCGCCCCUACGCGCGCCACACGGACGAGGCGCUGCAGCAGGCUCAGCAGCUGGCCAGAACUAAGAGCUUCCGCGACCGCUUCGAGCACUGGUCUGAGAGUGAACGAGAAAACGAGCCUCGUCCUCCCUCUGCGUUACUCGAGAGGCAAGCAGAGGAGGACGGAGACUCACAGCUAGAGACUGCUAAGAGUUUGCGCGAGAAAUUCGAAAAUAUGAAGGUGCAGACGACAACUGUCACAAAAACAUUUGCACCCAAAGUGAAUAGAUUCGUGUGACCAUCUAGUGAAAACGUCGAACCGCC